CAUUGGCUAACACUACUUUAAGUGGAGCGAUCACAAAAAAGUUAAUAAACAACGCUGGAAACCUUUGACUCAGAACAAAGUUUGAUACACCUUUGAAGAACGGAUGGGAUUUCACAAUGUUCAAUGUUUUGUUCUUCUUCACUGCAUUUCUGUCGCCUGCUUCUACUUCCAACGCAGCCGUUUCUAAAGGAUCGACUUUGUAUCGAGGGGAUUCAUGGCAAACUGUUAGACAACAUGCGUUUCUAAACCACGCCUUCCACUAUCUGAAUGUGACUGCGAUUAGGACAUUCGCAGUGUAUGACCUCCUUGACUGCACCCUUGAAUGUCUCAGCAAUCUUUUAUGUUUUUCCGUGAACGUGGCCGCUUCCAAAGGAGCCGAUGGGGAAAUUUUGUGCGAGUUACUGUCUUCUGAUAAACACAAAGACAAAGCAAUGUAUGCGGUACAUAGAAAUGCUCAUCACUUCUCUAUUGAGUCUUCUUGUACUUCUUCGCCUUGUGAAAACGACGGUACCUGUGUGAGUACCUACAGAUAUGACACCUUCGACUGCCGCUGUAAAGAGGGAUUCUUUGGAAAAUACUGCGAAAAAGUUGCAGAGUCAUGCAAAGAUGUGUAUAACCGAAACAUGACAAGGUCUAGUCAGCUCGUCCCUCUCAUUAUUGGUUCCGAACAGAUUUCCGUUCAUUGUGAAAUGGGAGAUUUUGGAUGUGGAGAUGGGGGCUGGACACCAGUCAUGAAGAUUUAUGGAGAAAUGGAAACCUUCCAUUAUAACGCAGAGUAUUGGACCGAUAAGAGGGGCUUCAAUCAAGAUGGAGGAAAGAUUGGGUUCGAUUCACAACAGACUAAGUUACCGACCUACUGGAAUACGCCUUUCAGAAAAGUCUGCCUCGGUAUGAGGAUCGGCCAGAACAAGAGAUUUGUCGUCGUGAACAAACAGGCCGAGUCUCUAUACUCACUGAUAGCCGGAGGGAACUACAGCAGUACUUCACUGGGACGUGACACGUGGAAGACCCUGAUUGGUCCCAAUGCAUAUCUUCAACUGAACUGUAACAAGGAAGGAUUUAAUGUUAUGAGCACAGAUAGUAAUCAUGCGAGGGCAAGAAUCGGUAUCAUAGGUAACAACGAAAACAAUUGCCGUAGCACUGAUUCCUGGAUUGGGUUUGGUACAGAACCGUUUCACGGUAAAACCUUAACAUGUGGUAACUAUGCAUGAGCCGCCCCAGGUAAUGGUGAGAAAGCCAUAAGCACCAUGGGAUACAUAUUUGUGCAGUAAAUUUUUUAUUUUUAGGUUAGUGACGUUAAGGAAGAUUCAAGAUGCGUUCGACUUUGAUUCACUGCUCUUACAAAUUCUCGGGGAUAUGGCCACAGCCCUUCGCACAGUAUUCGCGAUACUCGGACUGAAAAACACGCUUUAUAACUAAUGCAUCUUUUUCUACGUUAAGUUCAAACGAGGAAGGUAUUGCUACAGCUUUCACAGUCACGUCAAGAGACGAAAUACUGAGGGUUUUGAAACUUCGACGAGCUAUUUGCAUCCUAACCAAAUAACUUUGAGUGUAAUUCAAAAUACAUAAAGUAUCUCGACAACGUGGUAUAUUUCAAUAUUUAAAAAAAUCACCUGUGCUAACCUCUUACAAAGUGAAAGAGAAAUCACUGAAAGUUUCUACAUUAUUGUAGCUAACUGCGUACAAUUUCAACUUUCUUCUCAGUUUGAGGCUAUACGACACGCAAUCAGUCAAUGAACUUGCUCAAAUUUGCACGUGUAUGUUGUUAUGCCGCGAAAACGUGUCACACACAGUCUUUUGUAAAUAGCGACAUAAGAGUAAUACACGAGACUGAAAUGACCGUGCAAUUUCGCGGUCAGCUGUUCUUGUAGUUAUUCCUCUAACCGAGGUGCCCAUCAUCCUUCUUACCCUUGCAAGUUUUAAAAACUCGAUGUUAUUAAAGGAUAAAUCAAUGGA